AUGGCCACCAGCCAAAAAGAGUGGGAAACUACCGCAAAGGAAACAAAGUUCUUUCAAGAUUUUGCCAACAGUUACCACGAGGAUGAUGCCAGCGGCGAUGAAAUCCAGACAGAGUUGGCUGAUGUUGCUCAGAAACAAUGGGACAAGAAACUGUCCUCUGGCAAAAUUAAAAGUGUGGUCGAAAAGUACAAACAACCUCAAAACUGCUCUGACAUAAGGGUAUAAAAGUAAAUCCCGAGAUAUGAAACCAGUUAACUGUCAAACAGAGGAAAACAGACCUGAAGAUAUCAAAUUUACAACAAAUUAUCUGCAAAACUACCUUUGCAACUUCGCAAACAACAAACAUAUUGAUUAAUAAUUCCUCUGUUCCAGAAAAUAACAAAAUCAUGGCACAACAAGUUGGCACCAUUGCAAUGCUGGGGCAUGUAAACACACAACUCGCCCAGUUGUGAAGAGAUGAAAUAAAACCAUCACUAAAAGCAGAAUACUCUGCCAUUUGUUCUUCUGAAGUACCCAUCAGUAGCCAGUACCUUUUUGGAGAUGACCUGGUAAAGCAAUUGCGAGAUACCAAGGAGGCGAGCAAAAUCAGUUAUUCUGUUGCAUCCACAUCUAAAUCCGAGAAACAGCACAGUUCAAACCAACAUGACCGUUACAAUAAAGGCUCCAAGAAGGAUUUUUUAUGGAAAAGCCACAGUCGGUCCUACAGAAUGAAAAAAUUACCAAACAACGAGAAAAAGUAA